AUGCCUUUGAUCAUGGACGACGAUCAGUACAUGGACCUUUUCAAUGAGGCCGAGCAGCUUCCCAUUGCCGUGCAGACACCACCUCUCAAGCGGCUUGCACAGCGUCUCGAUGAAUUGGGCGAGUCUGGUUGCUGCCAGAAAAUAUCGUGGUCCAAGAGCGGCUGCGUGGCUUCAAUCACCCGGGAUGGCCGUGGUGUCAACCUGCGCGCCUUCCAGCGCAAUCCCGUGGACGGCAGGUGGAUCUUGGGAGACGAGGCUCCGCUCCACAUUCCCUCUGUUCAUGAAGAGUUCCCGCUCGUCCAUGUCUCCUGGGGCCACCUCGGUGUUGAUCUCGCCAUUGUGGACGCCGCCGGACGCAUCCUUGUCUACACGGCAGCCCAAGCCGCGGACAGAAUGAAGCUCUCUCGAGAACCCUUCUCGGACCACGAGAGCGAGUCUAACGCUCUUGUUGGCUUGCAUUGGCUGCCUGUUUCCCCGCAGCAGGUCAAGUACCACAUGAUCUGGUCAGGCGAUCGUGGCGAAGACAAAUGGCAGUAUCGGAUGACUAGCCACCCGUGGAAAGAGCCCCAUAAUCCUGUUCAUCCGCGCAUGUCCCUAGGUUCAUUUAUUUGUUUUACGCGCGGAGGCACCAUUCGGUUAUUGUUCCAGCAGCCCGAUCAACAAUGGUACGAGGCAACCGCAGAAGUCGAAGCAUCCAAUUCUGGUAAAGAUGCGUUCACUCACGCCUCAUUCACCUCAGACUCGGAACAAUCACUGCUCCUUGCCACCCAUACCGUUGCAGGGUCGAUUCUCGUCUAUCGCGUCAAGAUCAACUGGAACACUCAGCCUGGCAAGAGCGCUUCUCCAGCAUUCGAAAUCUCGCCACUGAAAGCGGAGGAUGACUGCUCUCCUCUCGGUACCAACUUCGACGCCAACGAUGCUACGCUCGGAUCUGGCACUUUAUUCACCUUGUACAAGCAAAAAAUGAACCUCAAACGGUUACCGGAUAUUGUGUUGGGUAGCGCUACGUUGGGACUUUUCAGUCUUGACUUUCACACGAAGUUCGCCCUUUACCAGAGUAACGGCGGCGUGGAAUUCAGAGACCGGUAUACAAUGGACAUCAUUACGGCGGAUUUGAAUGAGAAUAAGGUAUCUUCCCUGCCUCAAGCUGGCUUUUCGUUCUCAGCGAGCGACCCUGCGCUUCAUACGGUCCUAUCGCCCAGCGCCUGCAUGCUGGCACUACUGCAGCCGGACGGUACUAUUACGUUGAAGAACAUGGAGUUCAAUCUUGGCUCGCUGAAUAGUGGGGACACUGAUCCCAUUGCAGCGUUGGUCCUGCAAUACAGUUCUGCUUCGUUGCAGUAUAUGCCUGGAGAUGAUCUCUUCGCAAUCAUGCCGUCGGAUAUGGAUGAUAACUUGAAACGUUUGUUCUUGAGGGGAACUCACCAUUGUAUGAAUGUUUUGGCCGACUAUCCGCCUGAAGACACAUCUCAAAAGGCAUACGAACAAAUCUUCCGCAACAACGUUCUCCGCGGAUGUCUCAGUACUCAGAAUCUUCUGGGUAUGACGCCCAACGGUUCGCGGAACUUGAGCAGCAAGCUUGCUUGGAUAACUCUCAAUCUUCGCUUCACUUCAUUCCUCCUCAGCAUACCUACGAACCACGCUCGAGGCGGUGGGCCGGAAUCUUUCACGAUGGAAACCGCGAAGUCUGUCAGUGGCCUGCUUAGGUGGACGAUGGAUCUCAUGGUGUACAUGAUGAACGACCUCAUCGAACUGUCGCAAGAAUGCAAGAAACACGAAGCUGACAGGGGAUUCGUGCAGAAGAAGCUGCAGGAAAGGUGCUCGCCAGGAUUGUUUCUCCUGCUGUGCAGCUUCUCUCGGUCAGUAUUCCGAAUUACCCGGCAACCCCUGCAGCUGCUCCUGACCAUCAGCCAAUGGCACAUCAAGAAUGCGCCAACUGUGAUCCACCGGUCCGUGUUCAACGGGCUGUUGGCAGCUAUGGUCAGCUCUCCAGUGCAUCCGCCUCACAUGGCGGCGCUCGUGCUCGAAGUAGACAACCAAGUGCGUCUUUGUUACACUAGGGCACAGUACACGGAUGAGCGGCGCAAGGCAACGGAACGAGAGAUGCUCAUCAGCGCGGAAAUCCCCGACGUGCUCAUGCCUGUGGUUACGCGGCUGCUUACUCAUGGCAUGGACAAACUGCUCGACACGGUGGACCCAGCUAAGGUAAUGUACUGGGAUCUGCGAUGGCUAGGACUGAGCGAAGACAAGAGGGAGAAGGAAUAUCUGGAGAAGAACACAGUUGACGUUCUGCGCAAGGUGGUAAUUACCAGAAAGGAGAGCGGGCGCAGGAGGUGUGUCAGGUGCGGCGGCGAAAUGGAGGACAUGGAGUGGAUGGGUGGACAGAAUAAGUGCGCAUGUGGAAGCCAUUGGGCGAUGGGAUCUUUGACGAAGAAGGCUUGA